AUGGAGGGUCAGGCACCUAUUGGUAUAAUUACUGAUCAGGAUAGGGCUAUGCAAAAUGCCAUUCAAAUUGUUUUUCCGAACACAAGACAUAGAUGGUGUUUGUGGCACAUACUUAAGAAGUUGCUUGAAAAAUUUGGGGGCCACCCUUAUAAGGGUUCAAUACUCUCGGCUGUGCACGAAGUGGUCUAUGAGUCGCAAAGUCUGGAAGAAUUUGAACGGGGUUGGCAUUCAUUGAUUGAUAUGUACGCAUUGCACAACAAUGAUUGGUUGUCCGGGCUUUUCAGAGAAAGAGGUCGGUGGGUACCUUAUUUUUUGAGAACAAGUUUCUGGGCUGGGAUGUCAACAACGCAACUGAGUGAGAGUAUGAAUGCAUUUUUUGAUGGAUAUGUCAACUCAAAAACCUCGUUGAAGCUAUUCGUUGAACAGUAUGAGCGGGUCUUGAGGAGCAAAGUUGAAAAGGAAUUCCAGGCAGAUUUUAAGUCAUUUUCACAGAUGGUACCGUGUGCAACUAAGUAUUGUAUAGAGAAACAGUUCCAAGAGGUUUACACAAUCUCCAAAUUUAAAGAAUUUCAAGAAGAGCUAACUGGAAAAGUGUAUUGUGAUAUUAUCUCUACCGAGCUGACUUGUCUUGGAACUAGGUAUGAAGUCCAAGAAGAUAUAAUAUUUAACGCAACAACAAAGAGGAAGACUUUUACGGUGAUGUUUGAGGGAGAGAUUGGUCGCAUUGUUUGUAGCUGUCACUUGUUCGAGUUUCGAGGAAUACUUUGCAGACAUGUUAUUUCUAUAUUAAUUCGAAACAAUGUCAAAAUGAUUCCUGAGAGUUAUAUCUUGAGGAGAUGGAGGAAAGAUGUGUGUAGAGCAUACACAAGGGUCAAGAUCAAUUACAGUGGUUGGGUUAGCACUCCUGAGCAGGUAAAAUAUGAUAAAUUGCAAAGUUUAUUUGCCAAGGUUGCAAAUUUAGUAAUGGAUGAUGAGGAACGAACCCGCGAGGUGGGGCCGAAUUAUCAACCUUGGAAUGCAGCGUAUGGAGUGAAUUGGGUUCCGGCUUAUACAAUGGGUCAACCAUUUAUGCCAUCUUAUUUGCCACCUCGAUGA